CCCCCUGGCCCCCUCCCUCUCCUUCCUCACAUCUUCCUUCGUCAGCCGCAGAUGCGCCAGCAUCUCUCCCACGGGCAGGAGGAGGAGGAGCGAGAGGCACAGUGACAGACAGAGAGAGAGCGCGCGCGGGGGGAGCCCAGCACAGCACCUACACUAGCUAGCCACCGGCCACCACCACCACCACCACCGACCGAAUCGGGUGCGCGCGGCGCGCUGCUCGUCAGCUCCGGCCGGCCGGCCGCUUUAUAAAGCCACCCACCCAGCCCCGCCCGAUCGCCAUCGCCAUACCCCCGCCUCCGUCCACGGACACACACCCGCCUUGCCAGCCGGCACCCUCCCGGCCUCCCCCACCUGUGUCCUCCGGCCUCGCCGCCGCAAAACCCGCCGCGCAGGCCGGUUGCUCCGAUUGGGAGUGCCAAUCGGAGCCAACAGCGAGGGAAGCACAUGCUGCCGUUCGUCCUAGAGUUCCUCAUUGAUGUCGCCUGUGAUCAGUGAGAUCCUCCUCUCGGGGUUUAUGAUCAACUCCACACUCCGGCGCCGCACCCACCUGGUCCAGUCCUUCUCCGUCGUCUUCCUCUACUGGUUCUAUGUCUUCUCAUGAACUACUCGCCCCCAUCAUAGCCACGCCCCUUCUCUCCCACUCCUCCUCCUCCUCUUUCCCUUCCAUCUAGUAGCAUCUACCGUCCUCCUCUUCUCUCCGUGUCAGUCUCUGCCUUCGUCGUCGCCGUUUCAGUCGUUCCCUAAACCUUCUUUAGCUUGCAUGCACUUCCCUACUGCUGCUAGCAAAGACCUUUAUUACUAGUGUCAAUUAAGUUACGAAAGAAGAAGAAAGAAAGAAAAUUUCGAGGCCGAGAAAAAAGACGGCUUUGAUCUCUGCUAGUGUGGUGUGGUAGUGUGUGCUUCUAGUAAGUAAGCGAGCCAGGGAUCAAGAAGCAGAGAGCUGCUCUGUCUCUUUUGUCUCUUGCAAGAAUGGCUUCCUCCAGCGGGAGCGGGAGCUCGGGCUCCCUCUCGGCGGCAACGGCGGCCCUGGCCGCCGCGGCGGGCACGGAGGAGGAGCUGCGCGCGCUCAUGGAGCAGCGCCGCGCGAAGCGGAUGCUGUCCAACCGCGAGUCCGCGCGGCGGUCGCGGAUGCGCAAGCAGCGCCACCUCGACGAGCUGACCGCGCAGGCGGCGCACCUGCGCCGCGAGAACGCGCACGUGGCCACCGCGCUCGGCCUCACCGCGCAGGGCCUCCUCGCCGUGGACGCCGAGAACGCCGUCCUCCGCACCCAGACCGCCGAGCUCGCCGCGCGCCUCGGCUCCCUCAACGACAUCCUCGCCUGCAUGAACACCAACGCCGUCGGCGCCGUCGCCGUCUCCCUCACAGCCGCCGCCGCCGCCGCCGCUUCCUCCGACCCCUGCCUCGCCUUCGACGGCGCCACCGCCCUGGACGACCUCCUCAGAUCCUGCCCCGAGAACAUGUUCCAGUACCAGCUCUGCUAGCUCCAGACCGCGCGAAGUCACCAUGGCAGCGCAAAACACCUUCUUUUGUUUUGUUUUGUUUUUGUUUUUUUUUCUUCUUCUUCUUCUGGUGUUUCAGGUUUAGUAAUCUGCUAGUGAGAUGGAAGAACUGAGGUCAGAUCAGACGUGGUGGUGACUAGCCAUGAAAGUGAACUUUACUGUUACUGUACUGUGCGAUCAACUGGUGGGGGUAAUUAGCUAGCUAGCUAGCUGCUGGGGCUAUGGUUAAUGCAUGAACUGCUAUUAGUUACCAGGUGUAAGUGUAACUCUCGAGUCCUGCUCUUGUUACUGUUUGUGUACUGACUGUGUCACUC